GAUUAAAAAAAAUUAUUUGAUUUUUUAUACUUAUAAUACUAUAUUGGUAAAUCAUAUUAAUAAUAAGUAAUAUAUACUCUAAUUGAUUAUACCUUCUUAAUUUUUUAAAUAAACACGAAUAUAAAGUGUAAAGAGAAUUCUAAUAAAUGAAAAGUAAAAAGUAAUAAAUUUAAAAAAAUUGAACUAAUAUAUAGAUAAGUGUAAAGAGAUUUUACGUAUCAAUAUUUAUAUUUACUUUAAUCGUAAUUAUCUUAUAUUUAGAAAAUUUUAACAUAGUGGACAACAAUUAAACUGUAUUUAAGAAAUAAUUAUAUUAAGUUUGAAAAAUGAUGAGGUGGAGAGAAAAAGAAGAGCAGAAGAAAGAAGGAAGGAGGGAAAAGAAGUGAAGAGAAAGAGCGAUGCCAGUGGCGAGGCGAGAAACGUGUGAUGGAAGAGUAAUUGCUCACGUAGACAUGGAUUGCUUUUACGUUCAAGUGGAACAGAGGAAGCAACCAAGUUUAAGAGGCUUGCCUACUGCAGUUGUACAGUACAACUCCUACAAAGGCGGAGGCUUGAUUGCUGUUAGCUAUGAAGCUCGAAAAUCUGGAGUCAAACGAAGGAGUAGCAUACAUGAAUAUAAGAACGUGUUUGUUUUCAGUUCAAUGCGUGGUGAUGAAGCUAAGGAAGCAUGCCCCCAAAUUCAGUUGGUUCAGGUCCCCGUAGCACGUGGUAAAGCCAACCUAAACACAUAUAGAAAUGCAGGUUCAGAGGUUGUUUCAAUUCUUUCACGGAAGGGUCGAUGUGAGAGAGCUUCAAUUGAUGAGGUGUAUCUUGACCUCACUGAUGCUGCUCAAACUAUGUUAAUGGAAACUCCUCCGGAAAGCGUGGAACACGUUCAGGAGGAAGUUCUCAAAUCACAUGUUUUGGGGCUUCAAAUUGAGGACGAAGAUGAUGCUAAAGAAGAAGUUAGGAAGUGGCUUUGUAAGAGUGAUGCUAGCUACCAAGAUAAGCUAUUAGCGUGUGGGGCCUUCAUUGUUGCUGACCUCAGGAUGCAAGUUUUGAAAGAGACGGAAUUCACAUGCUCUGCCGGUGUUGCUCAUAAUAAGAUGUUGGCUAAACUUGCUAGUGCUAUGAACAAACCUGCACAACAAACAGUUGUGCCGCAGUCAUCUGUUGAAGGGUUGCUCGAGUAUUUUCCGAUAAAGAAAAUGAAACAGCUUGGGGGAAAGCUGGGGACUUCCUUACAAAGUGACCUUGGCGUCAACACCGUUGGUGAUCUACUUCAGUUUUCAGAGGAUAAGCUACAACAGCGUUAUGGGAUCAAUACUGGUACUUGGUUGUGGAAUAUUGCGCGAGGAAUCAGUGGGGAAGAAGUUGAGGGGCGACUUCUUCCCAAGAGCCAUGGUUCUGGAAAGACAUUUCCUGGGCCUCAAGCUUUGAAGACAAUUGGUUCUGUUCAGCAUUGGCUUAAUGAACUGUGUGAAGAGCUGAGUGAACGCCUUGACUCUGACAUGGAUCAAAACAAACGGAUUGCACACACAUUGACUUUGCAUGCUAGAGCUUAUAAGACAGGGGAUUCAGAUUCACAUAAAAAGUUCCCUUCUAAAUCUUGUCCUUUAAGAUAUGGGACUACAAAGAUCCAAGAGGAUGCCCUAACUCUAUUUCUAGCCGGAUUACGUGAUUUUUUGAGCUUUUACAAUUUUAAGACUCACGGCAAUGAAAAUAACAACUGGGGAAUAACAGCACUUUCUGUUUCUGCGAGUAAGAUCGUCCCCAUACCAUCUGGGACACAUUCGAUUGCUAAAUACUUCAGUGAGCGAUUUCCAUCUGGCUCUUCAUCAAAUCAAUCAGUAGAUGAUGUCAUUGACGAAGUUGCACCAUCAUCACCUUCAGCAGGUAGUGACAAUUGUUUGGGAGUGAUUCCUAGUGAAUUACAACUUGAAUAUCCGGAAGAAGACACAGGAGUUAACCAUUCAAAAGCUUGUCUAGAUCAUCAGGAUCUGUUGUGCAAUUUAUCCGAGAAAGUAGAUGGCUUGACUGAAGAAUCUUCCCAUGUGGCUCUUCCAGGAAAUGAAGACAGGAUGACACGGAAUGAGCCAUAUAGAGAUUUACUUUCAAAAGAACCCAGGCUUGCUUUCAAUGCCUCCAGUUUGAAAGCAGUUGAGAAGAAAAAGGCAGCAGGAAAGAAGCCUCACGGGAAUAGUUCAAUUAUAAAAUUCUUCAAUAAUUACCAUAAUUCCCAGUCUUCAUUUGAGCAGAAGAAUGUUACAAAUGCCCAAGGUGUUAAAAUACCAUUGUUGCAUGGAUCUCAGUCUGCCAGUGGCAGUAAUUUAACAAGUAAUCAAGUUGAGAUGGCAUCUGAGAUUCAUCAACUUGAGGAGAUUGAUGCAAAUAACAGUGGAUGUAGCAUAGAUACUAUGCCUCAAGGAAGCCAAGCUUGGAGUUAUAACAUUGAUGAGAUUGACCCCUCUAUCAUUGAUGAAUUACCACCAGAAAUUCAGGAAGAGCUUCGAACAUGGCUUAGGCCUCGUAAGCGGCCUAAUGUGGUUAAACGAGGUUCUAGUAUUACUCAGUAUUUCCGGCCUGACAAAGGUAGAUGAAAUGAUUAUCAACUUUGCUCUACUGUAAAUAUUGAGGUUUAAGAAAUAUGUAGCUCUAGUAAAAAAAAAAAAAAAAAAAGAAAUAUGCAGCUGAUUUGUGAUUGGCAACUUGGUUUUAUGGAAUCAGUGCAAGGAACCUUGUUAUUUUUUUUCCCGUGAAUUAACCUUGUUAUACUAUGCACCUUUGUAAUCGUAUGUAAAUGUAAGUAUGUGUAUGCCUAUCAUUCUUUCCCAUAGAAUUCAACAUAGAUUUGCUAUUUUUUUCUUUUUA